AUGUCAGAAGCUGAGGCCACCGAUGACACAUCGACAAGCAUUGAAGUUGUCGCAGAAUCGUCGAUAAGAGCUGAAGCCCUAAAGGAAGAAAAUAUUGAUGAUUCAGCGGGAAAAAAUGAAAAAAGAAAGUUGCGAAUUGCAGUGGCCGGUUGUUCGCAUGGAGAAAUGGAUAAAAUCUAUGAAGUAAUGGCCCUAAUCGAACAGCGACAAGGCUAUAAAUUUGAUCUCUUAAUUUGCUGUGGUGAUUAUCAAGCAGUUCGAAACUAUGGCGACCUUCAUCACAUGCACGUAAAGGACAAGUACAAAGAGCUUCAGACGUUUUACAAGUAUUAUUCCGGUGAAGCUGAAGCUCCAGUUCUCACGUUGUUCAUAGGCGGAAAUCACGAAGCGUCCGGAUUUCUGUGUGAACUGCCGAAUGGUGGCUGGGUUGCGCCGAAGAUAUACUAUAUGGGAUUCGCUAGUGUCGUUAGAUUUGCCGGACUCAGAAUUGCGGGACUUUCAGGUAUUUACAAUCCAAGAGAAUUUCGAUUGGCCCAUUUUGAACGGCCGCCGUUUAAGAAUCCAGAUGAGAAAGUGGGAGUUUAUCACGUGAGGAACGUCGACAUGUUCCGACUGAAGCAAUUGCGACCGUCGAAUGAUGACAAAUCAUCGAACCCAAUCGAUAUAAUGAUCAGUCAUGACUGGCCUGGCGGAAUUGCAGAUUUUGGAGACAUCAAUUGGUUGUUCCGUAUAAAAGAAUAUUUUCGGAAAGAUCAUGAAUCUGGAAAACUUGGCAAUCCUGCUGCAAUGAAACUUCUUUAUGAUAUUCGUCCGAAAUAUUGGCUUUCGGCUCACUUGCAUGUUGCCUAUGCAGCACUUGUUCCGCAUAAAGGAAAAGGAGAAGAACGCCCGAAACCAACACGGUUUUUAUCGCUCGACAAACCGUUGGAAAGGAGACAAUUUUUACAAAGCCUCGAAAUUGAGAUCGAAGACGAUGCUGAGCUCGAAUUAUCUCAUGAUCCAGAAUGGCUGGCGAUUUUGAGGAAUACCGAUGAAUUCACUUUAGCUACGAGGCAGGCUAUUCUUGUUCCAGAACCUGGUACACCAGGAGAUGAGCGCAAAGAUUUCCGACCGACGAAAGAAGAAAUCGAAGAGGUGCUCAAGCUCGGAAACUUGAGAAUUGAUCCGAACUCAUUCCGACACACAGCGCCGCCGCUCGUUGAAAUAACUGAGGAGAGUAAAAACGCUCCAAGCAGCUCAUACUAUAGGAAUCCGCAGACUGCCGAGUUUUGUCAAUGGUUAGGUAUUCGCGAUCUCAACAAAAUGCUCGUUGACUUGGAUCCGGAAAACGUCGGAACCCCCUUUUACAUGAUGCAGGAUGAGAACGAGAUUAAACUAGAUCAGGAUGAAGUUGAAUUUGGAGAAGAAGAUUUUGUUAUCGAUCGCGGUAAUGGAAAUCCUGCGGAAGAACCCCCGGCGAAACGAGAAAAAACGGAAGAAAUCACUGAAUGA